AUGACGAAAGUAUCUCCCCAAGAACAGGGCACUAUCAAUGAGCUCCAGGCCAACUGGGUUUGGGUCCCCCAAUGGGUCGAUUCUUCCGAGGUCAACACCGCUGGUCGCCUUGUGCGCUUCCAGAGACAGUUCUCCCUCUCUGCUCCAUCCACAAAGGCACUACUCCAUUUCUCAGCGGAUACUCGAUAUAAGCUGGCGAUCAAUGACAAGCGAGUAUGUGUUGGGCCGACGCGAGGCAGUCCAUAUCUCUGGUACUACGACACCGUCAACAUAGCUCCGUACCUCCAAGAGGGACUCAAUGUCAUCCAUUUUGAUGUGAUUCGAUACUUUGCUGCCACUCGGGGCGCAAUACCCUUUCAGCGAACAUCUACUCCCGGUUUGACCGUUGUCGGACGAGUCAAGACGGAGAAUGAGGUUCUUGAGCUGAAUACGGCCCACACAGAUCACUGGCUGGCCCAGGUUGACGGGGGCAUACAGUUCCCGAUGGGGCUGGUGGAUGAUCCAUUCCUUCAUAUCAAUGAACGUAUUGCUCCGGUCGCCGAGUCUCCGCAAGCGAGACCCAAAGCAUACAGCAUCAAAACCCUGAACGGCGAGCUGGCACCCUGGAGGCUGCGACCGCGACCGAUUCCUAUGCAAGAACAAAGCAGGGUGAGGGUUAAUAUUGUUCGUACCUGUCAAAGCACGGUCUCUGCAGAAGAUUGGGCAGCUGGACUGUCACAGACCAAGAUGUUGGCUCUUCCAGCAAAGUCAUUACAUACUCUCGAGCUGCAGGCCGAUACCCACUCGACGGCUUUCCUCUGCUGGACCUUUCAGGCGGCGAAACCCUCCUCUAUCCGCCUCAAGGUAACAUACUCAGAAGGCUACGAACUCGACCCCCGGUCCUAUCCUUUCUUCCGGACUAAAGCCGAUCGGCUGGAGGCAAGAAAUGGACAUCUCAUCGGCCCAUUCGAUGAGGUAGAGUUGAACAUCCUGGACUCGACCCCAGUCACAUACGAACCUUUCUGGUUCCGUACAUUUCGUCUCCUCCGACUUGAGAUCGAAGUCGGCCCGGAGCCCGUCUUGUUUGCUGGCCUUGAAGCCACGCAAGUGAACUACCCUCUCGCAGUCAAAGCCAGCUGGGACAACCCGGCCGACGCGGACAGUGAUCGCAUCUGGGAUGUAUCGAUCCGCACCAUGCGGAACUGCAUGUUCGAUGGAUACGCCGAUUGCCCGUUCUACGAGCAGCUCCAGUACUCCGGUGACUCCCGAUCGCUUAUUGCCGGGUUUUCGCUCUACUGGAUCCUCCAAGUAUGCGACCACCACCUUUUCUUUGGGGACACCGAGUACACGCGCUCGUUCCUACCGCGGGUGGACGGGGUGCUGGAGUUCUUCCACAGUCACGUCGACGAGCUGGGGCUCAUCAGCGGCCUCCCCGAGGACGUAUGGCAGUACGUCGACUGGGUGACGAGCUGGGGCGCCACGAAAGAGCACCCCGACAAAGGCGUGCCCACAUCCGGCCGUAAGUCCAACUGUCACACGUACUUCAGUCUUCUGUACGCGCUCGUCCUGCAGCAAGCUGCCCAGCUGGUGCGGGACGUCGGCCGACCCGGACACGCGGAGGAUUAUGAGUCUCGCGCUCAGGCCCUUCGAGCAGCGAUCCGGGAACACUGCUACGAUGGGCGGUUCUUCACCGACUCGACCGCCGAUAUCGCUGACGAGCAAGCCUACUCCCAGCACUGUCAGGUCUUCGCGAUCCUGUCCGGCACCGCGGCGGCGCCGGAAGACCAGGCCCGGCUGCUGCGCGAGUCCUUUGCGGAGGAUACCCGGUUCUCCAAGUGCUCGUACAUGAUGCGGUUUUAUGCUCUUCGUGCAUUCUCGAUGGCGGGAGACGAGGUAUACGAGGGGUUUUGGGCCCGGGCGUGGGAGCCAUACCGGAAAAUGCUCGCGCAGAAUCUGGGUACGUGGGAGGAAGAUGAUGUGCGACAGCGAUCGGACUGUCAUGCUUGGGGAAGUGUGCCCAUCUAUGAAUACUGCGCUGAAGUGGCGGGCAUUCGGCCCAUCAAGGCUGGUUGUAAGAAGAUUUUGUUCAAGCCAAGGCUGGGGCUUAGUCCUGGGUUGACGGGCAAGGUUGCCCUUGGCAGGAAUAACCUGGCAAUCGUCUCGUGGAGGACGCUGUCGGAUGGGCGGAAAAUUGUGGACUUGAAGUUGGAGGAAGCUGUUGAGGUGGUCAGUCAAUGGCCGGGGGGAGAAAUGGUUGACCAUGGGGUCGUCCAUGCUCUGCAACUGGUUUAUUGA